CUCUCUCUCUCUCUCUCUCUCUCCAAAUCUCCAGAAGCUUCCCAAACCCCUUUGUUAUCAGUCACAAACCCCUACUACUAAAACCCUAAACCUCCCGGCCUCACAAAAUAGUACUCUCAGGCUUACUCUUUCUCAAUCUCUCUGCGUCUUCGCCGUACUCGUCGAUCACCAUGCACAGGCUUUCCAGGCGCUCCGCCGUCGCUCUUUUGAGCCGUGGCAGUUCACGUUUUCGGAACGCCGCGGCUCCUAUCUCCACGUCCUCUCACCUCUUUAAUUUGGCAGGAGAGAGAGACACCAAACCCAGAUGGUACUCGGUGAUUUCCGCUGGAAAGUGUCAUUCUUCAACUCAGUUGAACUUGAAUACUGGCCUAUUUUUCAACAAGAGAUAUGAGUCAACUGCUGCUGCCUCUGAUGCAUCAAGCACAACACCAGCUGAGAGAUAUGAAUAUCAAGCUGAGGUCAGUCGCCUCAUGGAUCUCAUUGUGAACAGCUUAUAUAGUAAUAAAGAAGUUUUUCUCCGGGAGCUUAUCAGCAAUGCAAGUGAUGCCUUGGACAAGCUGCGGUUUCUCAGUGUGUCAGAGCCUGAGCUUUUGAAGAAUGCAGUUGAUCUAGAUAUCAGAAUCCAAACUGAUAAAGACAAUGGGAUUGUAACUAUCACUGAUACUGGCAUAGGUAUGACUCGGCAAGAGCUUGUUGACUGUCUUGGAACUAUUGCACAAAGUGGAACUGCAAAGUUCUUGAAAGCAUUGAAGGAUAGCAAGGAUGCUGGUGGUGACACCAACUUGAUUGGUCAGUUUGGUGUGGGUUUCUAUUCAGCAUUCCUAGUUUCUGAGCGUGUUGUUGUAUCGACAAAGAGCCCAAAGUCUGACAAACAAUAUGUAUGGGAAGGAGAGGCCAAUACUAGCUCCUAUACUAUCCGGGAGGAGACAGACCCAGAGAAGCUCAUUCCUAGAGGAACUCGUCUUACAUUGUAUCUCAAGAAUGAUGACAAAGGUUUUGCUCAUCCAGAACGGAUUCAGAGGCUUAUCAAAAACUAUUCCCAGUUUGUUUCUUUCCCUAUAUACACAUGGCAGGAAAAGGGAUACACAAAAGAGGUUGAGGUUGAUGAGGAUCCAUCUGAAGCCAAAAAGGAUGAACAAGAUGAGAAAACUGAGAAAAAGAAGAAAACUAAGACUGUUGUUGAGAAGUAUUGGGACUGGGAGCUCGCUAAUGAGACCCAACCCAUUUGGCUUCGCAAUCCCAAGGAGGUCACCACAGAGGAAUACAAUGAAUUCUACAAGAAAACUUUUAAUGAAUACUUGGAUCCACUAGCAUCUUCGCACUUUACAACAGAGGGUGAAGUUGAAUUUAGGUCCAUACUCUAUGUGCCGUCUAUCUCUUCAACGGCGAAGGAUGACAUAGUCAACCCCAAGACAAAAAAUAUUAGGCUUUAUGUGAAAAGGGUGUUCAUUUCAGAUGAUUUUGAUGGAGAAUUGUUCCCUCGAUAUCUAAGCUUUGUCAAAGGUGUUGUGGACUCUAAUGACCUUCCCCUCAAUGUCUCACGUGAAAUUCUUCAAGAGAGUCGUAUUGUACGGAUUAUGAGGAAGCGCUUGGUACGGAAGGCAUUUGACAUGAUUCUGGGAAUAUCCAUGAGUGAGAACAGAGAAGAUUAUGAAAAAUUUUGGGAUAAUUUUGGCAAAUACUUGAAACUGGGUUGCAUUGAGGAUCGUGAAAACCACAAGCGCAUUGGUCCAUUGCUUAGAUUUUUCUCUUCCCAAAGUGAGGAAGAGAUGAUCAGCUUGGAUGAAUAUGUUGAGAACAUGAAAACUGACCAGAAGGACAUCUAUUAUAUUGCUGCUGACAGUGUUACAAGUGCAAAGAAUACACCUUUCCUGGAGAGACUUCUUGAGAAGGAUCUUGAAGUCCUGUUCUUGGUUGAUCCUAUUGAUGAGGUUGCUAUCCAGAACCUGAAAUCAUACAAGGAGAAGAAUUUUGUUGAUAUUAGCAAGGAAGACUUGGAUUUAGGUGAUAAAAAUGAGGAAAAAGAAAAGGAGAUGAAGCAGGAAUUUGGCCAAACUUGUGAUUGGAUUAAGAAACGCUUGGGGGACAGAGUUGCCAGUGUUCAAAUCUCAAACCGUCUGAGCUCAUCACCGUGUGUUCUUGUAUCUGGGAAGUUCGGUUGGUCAGCCAACAUGGAAAGGCUGAUGAAGGCACAGACUGUUGGUGAUACUGCUAGUUUGGACUUCAUGAGAGGCAGAAGAGUGUUUGAGAUCAAUGCUGAACACCCAAUUAUCAGAAACCUGGAUGCUGCAUACAAGAGCAACCCGGAUGAUGAAGAUGCUCUGAGAACAAUCGAUAUUUUAUAUGACACAGCUUUGAUUUCUAGUGGUUUUACGCCCGAAAAUCCAGCAGAGCUUGGAGGCAAGAUAUAUGAGAUGAUGGGUCGGGCUAUUCAGGCGAAACAGUCGAUGCCUGGUAAUUUUCAGCAACCUCCCACCCCACAAACUUUAGAGGCUGAGGUGGUUGAGCCUGUCGAGGCUGGUAGUCAGAAAUGAGGAGCUCAAAAUUCUUCUUUUUUUUUUCUUUUUUUUUUUUUUUGGGUUAGUUUUAGUUUAUCUUGUUUCUAUAUAAUUAUCCAACGGGUCCUGGUGCUUCCUUCAUGAAUGUUUGGAAACGCUUGUAAUUUUGGAAAAUAGAUGAAGAAAGACUUUUACCUCGGUCC